AUGCCAACAUACAACAAAGUCGAUCGCGGAAUCAAUAUCAAGUACAGCACGGAUAUUCUCAAGGUAGUGAAACCACACAAAACUUGCCGGUAUCCAGUGGUAGAGGUCCCCUAUGGAGAAGUAAAUCAUCUUCCUCUCCGAAAGUUGGUGUUUUGGAGGAUCAACCAUUUCAACCAAGUCUUUUUAGACGCUAUCGCUCCAGGACCGAAGGAUCCACGAGACUGGAGACCACCGAUCCCUUUUUCCAGGAUAGCAAACGGUUUUUCGUCAUCAAUAGGUGCAGCUCAUGAUGGAGAGGCGAAGUUGAAGACUACGCCGCCUCCCACAUCAGACUCCUCUACAGCAUCGCCUGAUGCGAAGUCGCUGCAACCGUUGCUGAGGGAGGAAAGUCAGCCGAGCAAAGCAGCCGAGAAACGCCCACCAUCUCCCUUCAGGUUGAUCCAACGGCUACAAAGACGGUACCGACGAGCUGCAGCGGACGAAGAUAAUCCUUUUGAGGACAUCGCUACUCGUCCACCGCCUAGGGACCAGGUACAGAUGCAACGCGUCCGCACCUAUCUUCGGCGGCAUAGAAAAACUAAAAAGAACAAAAGGCGAAAAUUCCUCACCAGAGACGACAUCUACGAUCCUCAUCGAAAUGAAAGAUCGAGGUUGACGAAGGAAGAGAGAAGGAAGCUGCGUGAAGAAUUAGCGCUCAAACCGACAUCAGCUGAAACUGAAGAUCUUCCUCCUGUGAAACCUAAACAGGCUCUAGAAGAACGUCACACGCGACGACCAGUGCAUACCGGAGGGCGGAUAUUACCGAAAGAUCCUUCGACUACACAAGAACCUCGCAUUAUGCCCACCUUGAUACCUAUGGUGGACCACCAGCUGCCUCGUCUACGUAACAAUCCCUACAGGUCCUAUGAUAUUACUAAACCGACUGUGAUCGCCUUACCGAUUCCGCCGAAUAUAACAAAUUAG